GAUGAUUCGCGAAAAACUGCUUCCUGCUGCUGCUGCUUUACCGACGAUGGAUGCCUCCCUCGCUUCCAGUCGCUUCAAUGCAUGCAAAAAAAAGCAAAAAAGCAAAAAAAUAAAAAGGAAGCGUGAGUACCAUACUCUACUCCUAGUGCAGCAGCAGCAGUCAGCAGCAGCAGUCAGCAGCGGCCCCACGAUGCAGACAGGUAUUAAGAUGUCCCCUAUCCAAGGAGGCCAACAGCAACGACAGCACGCGUCGGGUUAAAUCCAAACACUUCCCCGAGCUUGCGCCCACUCCUGUUGAUUUGCCCGUCCGUUGAUGGUGAAGGAAGGGGAGCGCGUGCUUUCCUGCCUGCUGGAGUUGGGCUGCCCAUGCGACCAUGCGACAUGCGACAUGCGACACUGUACCGGAAGGCGCCGGUGUUUGUUCGGUGGGUCGGGCGUUCGUUCGGUCGUUCGUUUGGUCGUUCUUUCAGGUGCGAUGGGUGCGAUGAGGGUUUCGAAGAUACGCAUGGAGGAGGAGGAGGAGGAGGAAAGUGGUCUCAUGCUUCGCGCUGCCGUCUACUCCGUGACUUGUGCGAGUACAUACGACGGUGGCUACGUCCUCGGCGAUGGUAAACUUCACGGCAUUGCACCCUCCCCAUCAUGUGGCUGUCGUCAGCGCUUCGCCGCUCGGGGCACCUCGAUGCACGGCCACGGCAGGGAUGCAGAGACGAGGGGAAGCAGCAACCGGAGUGGGUGCAUGUGGUGGUGGUGGCGGUGGUGGUGCGUUGGCUGGCUGGCUGGCCGGCGAUGGCCAUGUACCAUACCUACUCUACGGUACUCUACAUGUUCUACUCUACGGGGUGGGCAGCGGAGACGGGCGAUGGGCGGUCAGUCAGUCGGUCAGUACAUGGUUGGUCUCACGGUCAGAUCACCGAAAAUAAAAUAAAAAGGCCGGCAGAUUUUUAAUCUCUUCUCUUCCAACGGAACCAACGGGGAGGGGGGAGGGGGGCGCACCACUCGCUUCGGACAUC